CAAACUGUUAACGAUUUUCAAAAGAAUCGAUCCGAAUCGGAGCGGGAAUGCACGUUUCCGGAUAUCGAUCCUUUUGAUCCGGCGAUACAGAAAAUGGUCAAGAAAUACCCGACCGUCAACUGCACCAGAUUCACACCCAACUUGGUGUACCUGUCCGGCGAUCUCCUCAAAGUCAGGUUACCGAGCUCGACCAGGUGGCUGAAGAGGUUGCAGCUGUUCAAACAGUGCCGGUACUCGGCGCGGGUACGCAACGCGGACCGAGACGGCGACCGUUCGACCAAGACCGUGUACACCAGCCCCUAUUUCGAUGACGUCAUCCAGCUCAACGAGACCGACGACUACGUGGUCGUCGAGUGCUACGACAAGUUCAACCACGUCAUCUCCCGUUCGUACAUCCACCGGAUUCGCAAGAAGCUCGCCACGGAGGCCGAGCUGAGGGUCAGCUACGAGAAGCACGUCGGAGUCCACGCGCCGAGGGAAACGCUGAGCGUCAUGAUGGUGGGUAUCGACGGGAUGUCCAAGCAGAACCUGCAGCGCUCCAUGCCGAAAACGCGGAACUUCCUCCUCGGGCCGCUCAAGGCGAUCGAGCUGCAUAAAUACAACAAGAUAGGCCUCAACACGUUCCCCAACGUCGUCGGACUCCUGAUGGGCAAGCACGAGCACGAGAUGAACUUCUCUUACUCGCAGCCUUUCGAUUCGCUCAACGACGAAUUCAUCUGGAGCGAGUACCGCAGGGCCGGCUACAGGACGGCCUUGACAUUUGACAUGACGGGGAUCACGGCUUUCCACUAUCUGAAACUAGGCUGGAAGAAGUCGCCAGUGGACUACUAUUUCAGGGAGAUGGUCAUCGAUUCGGAGCCCGACACGCUCAUGCGUAACCAAUACCAGCGAUGUUUGGGGGAAGUGCCUGAGGUCGACGUGCUGAACGACUACUUUAUUCAGCUGGCGAGCAUCUUCAACAACUCAAAGACGGAGCCGUAUUUUGCGUACAGGUACAAUGUUUAAAACAUGUCUUGAUAGAGCGGGAAAUAUUCAAGGACAUAAGACCUAAAGAGAAGUUUUUUUGGGUUAUUUUUUAGAGAUUUAGUUUGCGUGCCUCAUACACACAAAAAUGUGUUCCAUUAUAUUUUUGUUACUAUAAUGCCAAGUAUUUAACUACUUAUAAAUGAAGACGUACGCAUAAUACAUUAAGCCCUACACGUUGUAAACAAAAGAAUGCCAAUAUGACGAAUAAGUUAAUAAGGAUGGCGUCAAGAUGUAUUUCUAUAGCCAGCGAAUUCCCAAAACUGACCCCCCCCCCUUUCCCUUAGAAAGAUAAUAUACAAUCUUUAAAACACUAGUUGAACGUACUUUUAACAUCUCCACCCCCACGCUUGACCUACUCGAUCAGUUUCGCUGCCCGUUUGACCCACGAUGACCUGAACCAGGCCAGUGCUGGAGAUGAACUCUACUACAACUUCUUCAACACUCUGGCCGAGCGGGAAGUUCUAAACAACACCGUGCUGGUCUUCUUCAGCGACCACGGUGAGAGAUUUGGAGCGAUACGGUAGGUAACCUGUGAAUCCACGUUACUCCGCUCAUCCGGGCUGUUUAUUAAUAUAUCUGCUAAAUAAAACUCAGUGUGACUAUGUGUGUUUGUUGGCUUGUAAAGGGGUUGAUCAAUCACAUGAAAACCAAACAAUGGAUCACAACCAACUUUGACUUCGUUAUGCCUUUUGACCUAUAGAUGUUUCCUGGAAAUUUGGGUCACACUAAAAAAAAAUAAAGUAUUUUCCAGCAAAUUCUAUGUAGUUCCUCUUAGAUGCAAAGAUUAUGAAAAUUUUCAAUAAACGUUUCUAAACGUUUCUUCAAAUUUUAGUUUAGUUUUCAUGUUAGAUUUCUCUAACGUUCCUGUUAAUUUACUCGGUGUCGUUAAAUAUAUCUUCUAUAAUUUAAAAAAAACAAAAAAAAAAAAAACAAACAAUUUCCACGUUAUUCUAAAACGUUAUAUUUUUUAUAUUGGUUUUAAAACUAUAUAAAUUUUUAUUAUAAAAUUCCUUAUAAGUAUUUUAAAGUCUGUAUGGUUUUUCCUCAAAAAUAUGAAAUAAGAUUUAAAGACAUUUGUGAAGAUUUUUCAGUAAGAUUCGAAUGAGUGUAGGUGGUUCUACGAAGAAUCUUUCUUUUUAAGAGCCAACGCUGUGCAUGAGUGUGUAGGUUACAAUGCAAGCUUCUUCUUAAACCCAUUUAAUAAUUCUUUUGGUUCCCAGGGGCGAAAAAAAAAGGGGGGGGGGGUUCAAUAGUAAAAUUUUAAUAGGCAAAAUAUUCUUACAUUUAGAUUUAAAUGGAAUAAAUUUGAAAAAAAAAGGAAGUCAUUUUUUUUCAUAUUGCCCAGCGUACUUACGGGAUAACUACACCAGAGCCUUUUGAAAUGGGUUCCUCGCGGGUAUCCUAAUUCAUUUAAAUUGAAUAAAUGGCCAUAGCUUUGGCCUAGGGGAAUAUCUUUUUUUUUUUAAAUACGUCUUUUAAAAGUUACAUAGGUCUUUAAAUUUUUUUGGUUGGGUGGGGGGGGGGGGUGUUAAAUAUUAACUGAAAAUAAGUGGGGCCUAAAUUUAAUGUUUGCGAGGGUUUUUUAAAAAAUGGGUUGUAUGUUUUUAGGAGAAAAAAUUUUCAUUCUAAUUCGUACUGCAGCACAGUGUUAUUGUCAGGGCACUUUAGAAGUUGUUUUUCCGAUAACAAACCCGAGCACAUUCCACUUGCUGCUGCCCUAUAGGAUGCUCCAUUUCAGAUUAGUGUUACUUUAGUGUAAUGUUUUUACCGUUGUUUGUUCGUUGAUGAAGGCUUCUUGUCGAUACGUUCGUUGUUUUGUUGCGUUCUUUUUUUUUCCCGGGUUUUCCCAUACUUUGUUUCAUUUAUAUCCCUGCAUCAAAAGCGAGACCUGCCUGAAAAAUAACCUCCCCCCCCCCUUUUCCUCCUCCUCCUCUUCUCCACCCACCCCCUUUUUUAUAUUUUUUCCGUGUUAUAUUUCUGAAGACAGCCGUUAAAGGUAAUUAAAUUAUUUUGAUAACUCAUCUCCCAGGUCCACUUACAACGGAAUGAUUGAAGGCCGGACGCCACAUCUGCUCCUCGUCUUCCCGCCCUGGUUUCACGCCAAGUACCCGCACCUGAUGGACGUGCUCAGAAUCAACCAGCAGCGUCUCACGUCCCACUUCGACGUCCACGCCACGCUCAGGGACUUGCUGUACUUCAAAGGCGAGACCGGCCCGGGCAACAUCACCCACAGGGGCAUCAGUCUGUUCAGGGAGAUUCCCCGCCUGAGAACGUGCCGCCACAUGGGCGUGUCCGAGGAGAACUGCGUGUGCAAUCAUCUCUCUCCUCACGCGAAGGUCGACCCGAACCUGGCGCAGUUCCUUGCCAUGACCCUGGUCAACAGGGUCAUGGACUACACCAACCAGUAUCGCAAGAACUGCUCCGCGCUGACCCUGAAAAGCAUUGAGACUGUCAUGACGAUAAGCACGCCGGAAAAUUCAAACGAACGGUACCAGCUGACGAUAACCACCGAGCCGGGGUCGGCGCUCUAUGAAGGGGUUGUGGAGAUGACUCAACUCAAGAAGGCGGAUGUGAUAGGAGAUGUGACGCGCCUAAACAUGUACAAGGGCCAGGCGGAGUGUAUCCAAAAUGCAUUCCUAAGACAGUUCUGCUACUGCCAUUCCGAAAGUUAACGAAGGCCAAUAGAUAGGUAAUUAAAUUGAGUACGUG